UCAGGGUCCUGGGAUCAAGUCCAGUGUCCGGCUCCUCGCUCAGUGGGGUGUCUGCUUCUCCCUCUCCCUCCUUCCCUUUCUCUUUCUCUCUCUCUAAAACAAACAAACAAAAAAAUUUGCUUGCUGGUCUUAUUCCUGGCCCCAUCCUACCUCUCAGAUGGUAACUUCACUUCUGCAUCACUGAGAAAAUUAUCCAAAAUGAACUCCUUUUCCUUCAUAUCCCCGCAGACUUGCUCUUUCCCCCCACACUGCUGUGGUCUGUGAACAUGAUGAGCCUCUUUGCUGACACUCUGGACUUUUGUUUUUCUGAGGGUCUUUUUCCCUUUCUCCCUUAUAAUUUCAGUUUUUCCUCAUGCUUAUCUCCUUAGCUGGCAGACAUGCUCCAGUGUCCCUCCAGAACCUACCCUCCUCGGGUUGUAAUUGCUCUCUUACUUCUAUGUUUCAAGAGGUUAUUUUGGUCUGUGAUGCUGAGCAGAACCAGACCCAUAACCACUGGGAGCAGCAAAGGUGAGUGUCUAACACAGCCAGUCUACGCUGUGCGGUCUUGUGGGAAUCCAGACCCUCAGACCCAUGUCUCUUUAGGCUCCGCUGGUGCUGACACUCCGUCCGCUGACUCAGAGCUCUGGUGUUGGAGCUCAGUGCAUCCACGGGCUGUCCCAGUCCCUGCCACAUCAGCUGCUUUCCCGAGCACCUCACUGUAUCUUCCCAGGGCCCAGACUGUGGCUUUUGGCCCUUUAGGUUCCACAAUCCCCAUGGCUUACUAUCUGCUUGGUCCCAUCUGUCCACCUGGCUCAAUAGUGCUGGUGGAAGGAGGGUAUUUUGCAGGUCCCAGUUCCAGAGCUGGGGCUACUUCUGGCAGCAUUCCUCCUCCACCCCCAGAUGCUUUCCCAGCCAGUGUCCUUGGAACUCAGUGGAAGGGAAGCCUCUUCAUGGGUGGCUUAGCUGGUGGCUCCAGCAUCUGGUGAGGAGCCAGGCCACCAGCUGGGAAAGACAUCACGUACCUUCAGCACGAUCACAGUUCGGCGACCUCACGUUUCACUUCAGACACAGGUUGCGGGGUCUUUCUGGUGCCGAAACUUUUCAAAUUUAAUGAGAAACCAUAUUAUGGUAGCAGUAUCUCCCUGAAGCAUUUUGAUGUAGGGAGGUAGCCGUUCAUAAACUAAUGUAGGCGAAGCAGCCCUAAGGAUCUUCCUUGAAUUCCUCCAGAAUUAUACUGUACCAUACUGGUCUUUGCUUUUAGUAAUGAAAUAUCACAUUACGCUUGGAAGGAACUUUCAUCUUCCUAAGACUUAAAGUUGCCAUAUUAUUCUGCUUGGUCGUUAGUCUCCUUUAAGUCUUUGAUUUAUAGUGCAUGUCAAAAAUAAAACACCUUAGUUUUCUGACUUUGCCUUUCCAUCCUUGCUUCACGUCCCACCCUCAAACCUUGUCUUCUGUUCCUCCUGCCAUUCUUCAUUGAAUCCGUGUUGCAGGAUGGGCCAGUCAGACUAAGUUCUUCCUUCUCCUUGCACAUCUCCCCAUGUGCUAUCUUUAGUCUUUCACAAGGAUCCUCUGAAACCCCGUCUGUACUCUAAGCACAGAUCCCAUUGCUUCUGCUUUUAUGUCUGCCUCUUUGACCUUCCUCACAGGUGGUUUCAUCAGACAUGAGCCAAACCUGAAUUUUCUUUGGUGCCAGAAAAACUGAGGUUCGUUGAACAAAGAACUUCAGUACAAACUGUACUGAAAACCAGUUUGCUUAAAAUCUGAGGGGCAGUGAGGAGGAUGCCUUUCAAAAGCCUUAUGACUUUAGAGCCAAUUAAAGGGGAAUUUUCAGAUCAAAAUUUGGUUGCCAUUUGUCAGCCUGCUGGAUGCAGCCACUCAUGGCUCCCGAGAAUUCCUAAGCUGGGUUAAUGGGGUCAUAUUGUGAAUGCCUCACCUCCGAGUGAUUUGAGUCCAGUGAAAUCUCAUUAGGGUUAAGAAUGUUUGGGGAUCCUUAGUACUUUGAUUUUUGUUUUCUGAAAUUGGGCUUUAUUUUAUCUUGUAAUUUCAGUUCAUCUAAAUAUGUUCUGUACAUGUGACAUUUGGCUUACGCCAUUGAUUAUCAUGGAAAUUCUCUGUUGUAUGUUUCUCUUUGCACUGUGGCGCACUUGUGAAUUUUUUUAUACUCAAAAUGUAGAGUGAAGACUGUUUUGAAGAUUUUAAUAAAGUAGUGACACUGCAUUACAGAAAAAAUAAAGGUUAUUUUCUCCACAGUUAAUCCUCAGUCCCCAUGGUCCCAUUUUCACCACCACUGCCAUUCCACCGAACUACUUGCACAGGCCACUGUGCCCUCUUUUUUGGCAAAUCCAGUGCCUUCUGUACUGUCAGCCUACUCUCCCGCCCUUCGGCAUGUGACAUUGUGGCUAAUACCCUCUUCCCGGAGCUUUUCCUCUCUUGGUUUCCCUAACACUCUCCUAGGUUUUCUUUGCCUCCAUUGCUCCUCCUUCACCAUCUCCUCUCCCAGACCCUUACCUGGCAAUGCUUUAUGGUGCCCUGUCCCGGGUCUUCACUUACUCUGUAGUUGGUCUGUGGACUGUGAUACCCACUCCCAUGGUUUUGUAUAACUCCUUGCUAAUACAGCCAGCUCUGGUCUUUUUCUUUUUCUUUUUUUUUUUUUUUAUUAAAAGAUUUUAUUUAUU